AAUCAUAAAGAAAUAAUUGAUGAAAAAAUUCUAAGAAUUUUAGAUUUAAAUUUUUCGCGCGAGAAAAUGGAGAACUUUCACGUGGUAAAAGUGUAAAAUAACAAAACAUAACCUUAUAGAUUAUACUAAACAGAGCUUUAUUGUCACGUGUGAAUUAACUGUUGCUAUUGAUCUUUAAAUAUUUUCAAUUAUUUGUAUUUAGUGGUUAGUUGUAAAUUGAAUAAUUGCAUGAUUUAAAUUCGCCCGAAUUUAUUUUUAUUUGACUUCAAUAGAUGAACAAGUACAUGUUGAUUUUCAAAAAUGGGAUUUGGUAAAAGACCAGUACGAGGUGGAAAAAGAAAAUUGGACAGACGUAAUUCAAAAUCAGCUCCAAAAUCAAAAGUUAAAAAAGGUAAAUUUAAUUUUCAUGAGUCCUCGUAUGUGAAAGAACGUGAUGCAAAAAAUGCGGAGAUUGAAAACAGAAGAAAAAAAUUAGAGGAACAAGAACAGGAAGAAUUAAAACGAGAAGAAGAGGAGUCCGAUGACGAAGAUCAAGAUCCUUUGGAAAUGUUGCUGUCAACAUUUUCAAAAAAUCGAGAUUUUAAAGAAACUAAGGUAGUAUCGGCUUCCGAGUCUGAAUCCGAGUCAGAAGCUGAAGUUGAAUCUAAUUUAGAAAUUAAAGAUAAAAAUGAAACUGUUGUUAGUGAUAGUAUGGAUGAAUCAGAAAAUGAAAAUGAUGAUGAAGAAUUAAAUAAUGCUAAUGAAAAUUCGGUUGAUGAUAAUGAUAAAAAAGAAGAUGUAGACAAUGGUGAUAAUAAUGACGAUGAUGAUGAUGAAGAUUUUAAAUUAUCAUUAGUUGAAGCUGAUGAAGAUGAAGAUGUCGAAACAGCGCGAGAAGACUCAGGUGAUUUGAAAGACCCAUUUGCACUCCACAUAAUAAAUGAUUUAUCAGAUGAUGCAUAUGCCAAUGUAUCAAGCUUAACUCCAGUUAGCUAUUCCCAUCAAUUAACUUGGCCGGAGCUCAAUAAACUCACUGUCCAAAUUCCAAGAUGUGAUUCAACGAAUACUGCAGCUUUAAAAAAAGAUUUUUUGAAAGAAGACAAGCAAUACGCUAAAGCUGGUACAAUCCCUUCGGUAAUUCAUGAUCUUGAUUGGAAUAAAUUGUACAUUAAAAAUCAAAUUCAGAAUAAUAUUUCAAAAGCCAAUUACGAUAAUAUAAAAGACAGUUUAAACAAGGAUCCAAGUGAACUAACGCGCUUUCAAAAAGAAUUAUUUUCAAUAAUGAAUAAUUACCAAGACUUGUUGUACUGCGAGCGUGGAUUUAAAAAUGAAAAUGAAAUAAUGUUUACUUAUUGUUUGCAUGCUGUAAAUCAUUUGUUAAAAACACGUGCUAAGAUUUUACAUCACAAUGCUAAAUUAUCAAAAGUUGAUAAUAAAUCAUUAGCACAAAUACCAGAGGCUUAUCGUGACCAAGGAUUAGUCAGACCAAAAGUACUUAUUAUUGUACCAUUUCGUCAUACUUGUCUAAAAGUUGUUGAAUUAUUAAUAUCAAUAUUAAUUGGCGAUGAUAAAGGAGGCUCUGUAAUGAAUAAAACGAGAUUUAUGGAAGAAUUUGGCGGUGGUGAUACUUUGAGAAUGCCGAAAAAAAACCCUAAGCCAGAAGAUUAUGAAAAAACAUUUUCUGGUAAUAUUGAUGAUGCAUUUAAAAUAGGUAUUGCAUUAACUAAAAAGACAUUAAAAUUAUACACUGAUUUUUAUUCAUCUGACAUUAUAAUAACAUCUCUCGUUGGAUUAAGAAUCUUAAUUGGUGCCGAAGGUGAAGAGCAUCGUAAUUACGAUUUCUUAGCUUCCAUUGAAUUAUUAAUAAUAGAUCAGUGUGAUAUAUUAUUAAUGCAAAAUUGGGAUCAUCUAAUUCAUAUAUUUAAUCAUUUACAUUUACAACCAAAAGAGUUGGAUCACGGUACUGAUUUUUCACGUGUCAGAAGCUGGGCUGUUAACGGCUGGGCUAAGUAUUAUCGACAAUCAUUGAUAUUUUCAAGCGUACAUGUUCCGGAGAUUCACUCGAUAUUUAAUAAAUAUUGUUUUAAUUAUGCUGGGAAGGUGAAGAUAAUGAAUCCAGUAAUGUAUGGUUCUAUAUGUAAAAUAGUUGUACACUUACAACAGAUGUUUCAUAAAUUCGAAGCGGCUAAUUAUCAGCAAGCAAUUGAUGCACGAUUUGAUUUUUUUACAAAUAAAAUAUUACCGCAAUACAAGGAUAGUAUUAUGAACCAUACAUUGAUAUAUGUACCGUCUUAUUUUGACUACGUUAAAUUACGUAAUUACUUUAAAAAAGAAGAAUUAAAAUUUGUACAAAUAUGUGAAUAUACUAAGGAUCCAAAAAUAGCACGUGCUCGUGAUAUGUUUUUUCACAGUGAUGCACAUUAUUUAAUUUACUCAGAACGAUUCCAUUUUUUCCGACGUAUUACUGUUAAAGGUAUACGCCAUAUAAUAUUUUAUGCUCCGCCAUCAUUUCCACACUUUUACAGUGAAAUGUGUAAUUUUAUGCACGAAUCAAAUCAAAAUCCAAAAGCUGGAUCAAGUAGUAACAUGACUGUCACAACUUUGUACUCUAAAUAUGACAAUAUGCAAUUAUCAGCAAUAUUAGGCACUGAACGGACAACUAAAAUGAUUCGUUCUGAUAAAAAAGUACAUAUGGUUGUAACUGGUGAAUAAUUACAUCUUAAAUUAAUAUUUAUAAAUAAUUCAUUUUAAUGAAACAAUAUAAUUUUCAAUAAAAU